AUGACACCGUCAAAGUUGCGCAUCAAGGACGAUCUCUACCAACGGUGUCUGGCCCAUCCAUCGGUUCCUACCGACGAGGUGUCCUUCAAAUCGGCCAAACACCGGAACCCUGGCCCACUCCAGGGAUACGGUGAUGAAUGUGGCUCACGUGAGCUGGGAAGGACCACUAGAGCCUCACCGGUACAAAUCGCCGGUGCAGUCGGCGAGGACGACGAUGACGAUGUGGGAAACGAACGGGACGGUCGGAUGCCGGCGAAAGCGGCUUUCAUCUUUCCGGCCCAGUUCUACAAGAGCCUGUUCGCUGCGUCGGCUUCUCUGCUGAAGAAACAACACCAGCACCAGCCGGACCAAACGUCGGAGGAUGAAACGAGCGCCGACGAAAAGGCGCAGGACCUCUCGAGUCCGACGGCGUGCUCACCGGUGGGGCAUUUUCCACGUGGGUUGCCCCAUCACUCGACCUCGUCGCACGAGGAAAACCAUGACCAAGAUGUGGACGCGAGUGAGGCCAGUGACAUGCUGGAGAAACCCUCGAACGCGUUCCCGUGGCUGUCGGAGGUGACCAACAACAACGACUACACGAAGGGCAACAACAAUCACCACGCUACGCCACCUCAUCUGCACCACCCCCACCAUCACCACCAUCACCACCAUCCGCACCAUUCGCACCACCACCACCCGCAUCUGGCCCAUUCGGGCGCCUCCAUCGGGGGCUCUAGCCAGGCAUCAAACGGUGGCACUGGGGGUGCACCCGGGGGUGGUGGUGCUGGUGGUGGAGGUGGAGGUGCCCUAGGUGCGGGAAGCUGUCGGCACGGCCAUCCCGAGGAUACCAAGUGCCGGUCGCUAGGGUGCACGGGUCCAGCAGCUUCCCCAUCAGCUGCGCCGUCGGGACUCGCGCCGGAAGGAACUACGCCGGAUUCGAGUAGCGCCGCGGUGGCCGCGGCGGCAACUAUACCCAACUUCAACCAGAUGCCUGUUCCGGGGGCGGUGCAGGGUCAGAACCCAACCCAGGGCCUCGUGCACUGGAUGAGUGCGGUGAUGGCCGAGCACAUGACUUCGAAUCCGCAUCACGAUCCGGCCGCCGUCGGGAUGCACUACAUGUGGAACGGACCGGUGGAGCAAUGCGCGCAACACACGAAGGACAUGGACACGUACGGUGGCUGGCCGGCCCCCAGGAAUCCCAUGUCCAUGAAGCAAGGAUACGAGGCCAAGAUGAACCCGGUUGAUCACCACCAUCAUCAUCACCAUCAUCACCACAACAACCUGCAGAAGGGCCACAUGAUCGACGAUGGCCGUCUGCUCGACCACCACCCGAUGCAACCGGGCGCGGCUCAAAUGAGCCAGCUGUACGGAGCUCGCGGUUCGUCCUCGAGCAGCUCACCCGGUGGUGGAGGGUUAGGACAUGGAGCCACCAACCCGGCCACAGCCCUGCUCGUCGUACCGCAGCCCAUCAACGCCACCAAGAUCGGUGCGACCGGGCUGCCGAACGGAACCGGCCGGAAGUACCAGUGCAAAAUGUGUCCUCAGAUCUUCACCUCCAAGGCCGACCUGCAGCUGCACACGCAGAUCCACAUGCGCGAGGCUAAACCCUACAAAUGUUCGCAGUGCAAUAAGGCGUUCGCCAACUCGAGCUAUCUCUCCCAGCACACACGCAUCCACCUCGGCAUCAAACCGUACCGUUGCGAGAUCUGCCAGCGCAAGUUCACGCAGCUUUCCCACCUGCAGCAGCACAUCCGGACGCACACCGGCGACAAACCGUACAAGUGCCGGCACUCGGGCUGUCUGAAAGCGUUCUCCCAGCUUUCGAACCUGCAGUCGCACUCACGCUGCCACCAGACGGACAAACCGUUCAAGUGCAACUCGUGCUACAAGUGCUUCACCGACGAACCGGCCCUGCUCGAGCACAUCCCGAAGCACAAGGAAUCGAAGCACCUGAAGACGCACAUCUGCCAGUACUGCGGCAAAUCGUACACCCAGGAGACCUAUCUGUCGAAGCACAUGCAGAAGCACGCCGAACGGACGGACAAACGGCCACCGAUUGGGACGCGUAGCAGCAGUAGCACGGUUAACCUGAGUGCUUCAACACCGGGCAGCAGUUCGUCUGGCAGUGGUAGCGCUUCGAACAGUGGAGCUCCUUCAACGCUCGGACAAACCACGAUGGCGACCAGUGAGAGUGCUUACUGGCCAAAAGUUAGCCCAGACUCGGCCGCAGCCACCAUCAACGAUGUCAUCAACCAGCAGAACAAUCAUCACGAGUUCAGUCUAACCCCGAAUGGAAGUGCGACAAAUGGGUCCAGCACUGGCAGCAAUGGUCAGGCUUCAGCCAACAACCCGGCUCAGCAACCAUCGCAGGUCGGGACGUCGCAGGACCUUCCCGGGGCGCAUCAUCAACAGCGAGAUGACACCGUCGAGGAUCUAGUUGGAUCUACCCGCGGAGGUCCUCCUGACAGCACGGCCACCAAUGGGACCACCUCGAAUGGUGGCGGUACUGCGGUCACGGGCAACCAAACGUCCACUCAACAACAGCCACCACCGCAACACAAUGGCACGGGACCGAUGAGUGGCAACCUUGCGAUCCCCCCGGUUUCGACGCCCAUGUCGGCUAGCUACGAUACGAACAGUAUAGCGAAAGCGGCCGCCAACUCGGCAUUCACGCCGAUCAACGCGAUGCCAUCGCAUCUGAACAGCCUGCAGCAUCACCAUCAUCAUCAUCAGCUGGCAGCGCAACGGCCAUCCUAUCUGUACGAUGCCAUUAGCUUCCAGAAUCAGAAGGCCGCCAUCGCACAGAGCCCCUCGAAUGCGUUCCCGAAUCAGCUGAUUUCGUUGCAUCAGAUACGCAACUAUGCUCACCAACCGGCUGGUGGGUUGAUGACCGGUGAACAUCUGCUGGGCGUCACCGUUGGACCCGGUGGGAAGGAUAAGGGCUAA